AACAACAUAUCUUCAGUGACAAAGAUCACCUGUUCGGCCAGAAGUGUAACUCACCCCCUCGGACCCGGGCACGGCUCACUCGGUGAAGAAUCCAGUCAUGUAUCACAGAUUCUGGUCCUAUCUCUUCUAUCUUUAUGGCUUGGUUGCACAGGUUAUUUGGCCAUGCGAAGAGCCAGCAAAAAUAUCGGCGGGCAGUUUAAACACAGCCGAGUAUUUCGGAUCCUGGUAUUUCAUCGCUGCAGCAGGAGAAAGUGAUUCCGACCUUCAAAUAUUCAAGCAUAUGGACAAUACCCUUUUUGACCUGCAGGGGGCAGACAUUCCUGAACGACUUCUACUGCAGGGAGCAAUCAAAGUUGGGAAUCACUGUGUUGAAAAAAACUGGGUGUAUUACAUUCACCAUUACAGAGAUGACUUGGAACUGGAAGGACGUCCUCUAAUGAAGUCUUACAUCUUUGAGUCGGAUUGCAAGGACUGCAUUAUCAUGAUGGAGACACAGGACAAGGGAGAACAUCAGUUUAAGAGGAUGAUGCUCUAUGCGCGCACUUCCACCUUGUCCUCUGAGCACAUCGAACAUUUCCAGAAGAAAGCAGCUUGCGUGGGGAUGAAGGAAUUCAUGGUGUUACCUCGGGAGAAAGAGUACUGCUUGAUUGAGCCUCACAGCUAAAGAAGAUCGUCGUGUUUACCAGAUGGUUUUUACCACACAGAUGCCUGGCUUUCCAAAUCAAAAAUGACAGAAAAGUUGUUUUUUUUUUGUUUGUUUGUUUGUUUUUUUUUUUCUAUAUGUAUGAGCUGCACUGCAGUGACACUAACAUUUUUUCAGACAGUAGUUCUAAAGUUCAGCUCAUGUUUUCAAGAUUAAAGUGACCCAAUCUUUUCCUUGUCAUUGUGCUUGCUUCACAGUGAAUAAAGAGAUCAGAAAAUAAA